CCACAUUUUGGUACCCAUUUAAAACCCCUCUUCUUACCAAACCACCACUAAAAAAUCAUCUCCAAGAAAACUUGAGAGAAAACAAUCCCUCCAUCUUUCUUUCACUCUAGCCAUGAAAAAGCUCUUAAACAGCAAAGGCAAAGUCCACCCAUCUCCACCACCAGCCGCCGCCGACCACCGAUUGUCUUUCCUCCCGGCAACAAUCCUGACCCUCGCCGCCGCUCUCUCCCCGGAGGACCAAGAAGUCUUGGCCUACCUCAUCUCCUGCUCCGGCUCCUCCACCAGCUUUUCCGGCCACCACAACACCCCCGCCGUAGCCGGCGGCGGAGACCAUUCUCCAGAGUUCCACUGCAACUGUUUCAGGUGUUACAUGAGCUACUGGGUGAAAUGGGACGCGUCACCGAACCGUCAAGUUAUACACCAGAUAUUGGACGAGUAUGAAGAUGGGUUGUUGGAUAAAAAGAAGAAGACGAAAGGGAAGAAGGAGAGAAGAAAGCGAGUUGUCGAGACGGGGGAUAAGUCGAAGUGCGACUCGGGUAACUCAGGCGAGUUGGGGUCGGUGGAAGCGAGUGGCAUAGCGGAUGUGGAGGUGGUCAGCGGAGAGGAUUGUGAGGUGGGUGGUGAAAAGGGUGCGGUGAGGAAGCUCGUGAGCUUCAUUGGAGAGAGGAUUUGGGGUGUUUGGGGGGUGUGAAAAUUUUCUCAGUAGGAGGUAGGAAAAUCUUCCUUGGUUUUCUUAGCCAUUUUUGUACAAAGAUUACGCCUUUGUGAUGUUAGUAAAAGAUGGGUUUUUCGAGGUAUGAUUUGCCUCCCCCCCUUCUUCUUUUUUUUUUUUUUUUUUUCCAGAAGUUGAUGGACAUCUCUCUCUGUUUGAUCAAGGUAUGUAUGUAUAUAUAUAUAUUCAGGGCUAUCAAAAUUUACAAGAAACAUUAGCUGAGUAUUUCAUUACAAGGCACAGUGGAGUAUA